AUGGAGCUUUUAUCAUCCCGACUCUCGGAAACGUCGCUCGCACCGCUUGCUCGACUUAGCACUUCACAACGCGAGUCUGUGAUCGCUUCUGCUGAGGCAUUCGUCAAAGCCGCGUUUGCACAGCACGAUCCCUCACACGACUAUCAUCAUGUGCACCGAGUGCGACAGCUCGCUCUGUCGCUUUCGUCGUCGGCUGAACUUGAGCACGUUGAUUUGCUCGUGGUAGAGCUGGGAGCGCUUUUCCACGACCUGACUGAUGCGAAAUAUACGUCUGCUUCUUGUACGCCGUCUUCGGUGCUGGCGCCAUUCUGGGCCUCGCUCUCACCAGCCACGCUCGUUUCAGCCGCGCAGAAGACGACAGUGGAGAAGAUAGUGGCCAACGUUUCGUGGAGCAAAGACGAACGACGUCGAGCUAUGCAUCCUUCCCACCUGUCGGCUGACGACGUUGCUCUCCAAGAAUGGCUCUCCAAGUGUCCCGAGUUUUGGUGCGUAAGCGAUGCAGAUAGAUUGGAUUCCAUUGGAUCGAUUGGGAUCCUGCGCUGCGCUGCGUAUAGCGCCAAGAUCAAUCGCCCGUUGUAUAUUCCUCCUAGCAAUCCCGACGACGAUCCUGUGCCCCCCGCGGAACAGGCUGAGGGGUAUAAUGGAAGUGCCGUCGCUCAUUUCUAUGAAAAAUUGCUCAAGAUCCGAGGCGAUAGACUGUAUCUACAGCAGGCGAGGUCCGAGGCGGACAGGAGGCAGGGAAUGAUCAAUGCGUUCUUGGAUGAACUCGGAUUGGAAUGGUUGGUUGCUAAGCAAGGAGCUGAGAUCGCUCUGUUGCGCCAAGCCCAAGAGGAUGAGCACGAAGAUGAGGACCAUGUCGAUGCGAAUUAA